GACCCGAACAGACACCACCGGCGGCCGUCACAGCCCCACAGCCACUGGGGGAAAGCCCAGUGUAGAAAUCUAAGCAGCUCACUGGUAAACCAUGGCAAGCGACGACAGAGUCGCCAUCCUUUCUGAUGACGAAGAAGACCAGAAGAGAAAAUAUGUGCUUGCCGAACCUUUCAACACGCUUUCUAUGGAAGCAAACCAUGGGGCCUCUUCUGGCCCUGUCUCUUUGGAAACAGCCACGCAGGAGGAAGAGGAACAGGACUGGCUGGAAAGACGCUGUAUAAAAAUAACCAACGAUCUGCUCAUUUCCAAGGUCUUUUAUUUCUUCUUCUACUCUGGCUACGGAUCGUUGUACCCAUUGUUACCUGUGUAUUAUAAACAGCUUGGCAUAUUGGCCAGCCAAAGCGGACUUCUGGUGGGGAUCAGAUAUUUUAUCGAGUUCUGCAGUGCACCGUUCUGGGGGGUGAUAGCAGAUAGAUUCAGAAAAGGGAAAAUUGUCCUCCUCUUCUCAGUCCUGUGCUGGAUUGUCUUUAAUCUCGGAAUAGGUUUUGUCAAACCUGCCACAAUGAAGUGUAUUUCGAAAACUCCAGCAACUACUAUACCAGAUUCCAAUUUCACUGCCUUUUCCACCAUUGCCCCCGCUGCAACCACUAAUCACUCUUUCACCAACACAAGCGGCCUCUCCAACAAGAGUCGGGUACAGAGGGACCUGCUUGGGAAAGAGCCCUUUGUAAGCACAUCGAGUGUCAGUUAUCCUCGCUUCAACACCCCGGUGGCAAGUGGGGACAACUCAACAGCGAUGUUGGAUGUGAAUGCAAGCGUGCUUCCCAGUACAGCCAUCAGCAUCCUGAGCACAACACAGCAACCCAACAAACGCAUCGUUUUUGACCAAACUGAAGUGGAGACUAUUUUCCUAUUGAUAUUGUUGGUAGUUAUAGUGGGGGAGUUCUUUAGCGCACCAGCAGUCACUAUUGUAGACACUGUUACCCUGCAGUACCUCGGCAAACACCGAGAUCGCUAUGGGUUACAGAGAAUGUGGGGUUCUCUAGGUUGGGGUAUAACCAUGUUAGCAGUUGGCAUCGCAAUUGACCAUACCUAUAUUGCUGUUACUGUACAAGGAGAGGGCUGUGUACCUCCAGAUUACAAAAACUAUAGGAUCACUUUUAUUGUGUUUGGGGUCCUAAUGUUCAUAGCCUUCAUUGUGGCGACCCAAUUCAGAUUUGACUACAACCACUUGAAGACCGAGGAGAAUAAGAGGGAGGAGGUGAUCGAGAUCCAGCAAGUGGUUCAGACUUCUUUGGGAGAACAUUCGAGGACUGCGACCAAUAGCGAAGACUCCAGAGCAGCUCAAUCAAAGAAGUUUGAAUUCAAAGAGCUUUUCAAUAUUAUCUGCAGUGUACAGUAUGGGUCAGUGCUCUUUGUGGCCUGGUUCAUGGGCUUUGGUUAUGGCUUUGUGUUCACAUUCCUUUUCUGGCAUUUGGAAGAUCUGAAUGGGACAACCACACUCUUUGGAAUAUGCUCUGCCCUGAGCCAUUUGUCAGAACUGACUGCUUACUUCUUCAGCCACAAGCUUAUUGAAUUGGUAGGUCACAUCAGGGUGCUGUACAUUGGACUGGCCUGUAAUACAGCUCGCUACCUCUAUAUCUCCUACGUGGAAAAUGCCUGGUAUGUGCUCCCCAUGGAGGUGUUGCAAGGAGUUACUCACGCUGCUGUCUGGGCGGCCUGCAUCUCAUACCUCAGUGCUGCAGUUCCUCCAGCAUUACGCACAUCUACCCAAGGCAUCCUGCAGGGACUUCAUCUGGGUUUGGGUCGAGGUUGCGGUGCCAUGAUAGGAGGAGUGUUGGUGAACAGCUUCGGUGCUGCAUCAACGUUUCGUGGGAUUGGAAUGACUUCUUUGGUGAUUCUCCUGCUUUUUGCCUUGAUCCAGUGGUUGGCAGUGCCAGAUGAAGAUGAAGAAAAGAAGAUGCUGGCAGAGCGUAUACCGGUCCCAUCCAGCCCCGUGCCCAUUGCCACCAUUGAUCUGGUACAGCAGCACUCCGAAAACAAUUCACUGUCCCGUACCGAAACUAAACAUCCUCCAAAAAAGACCAGGCACCAGGAAGAACAGGAAGAUAUCACCAAACCAGCUUGGCCCAUCAGUUCAUCGCCCUGGGUUUCCUUCGCCUUUGCCCUCUGCCAGAUCAUGGAGAUGGUCAAGUUGAUGAAGACAAAUACAGCUCUCGAACACCAGGUACACCAGGAGGCGAAUGAAUAUCCAGCAUCUCUGGAGGCUCCACCAGAAGCAGCCUCGGCCCCUACACAGAUGGAGCCUUCCUCCGCUCCCACCAAACAAACAGAGUCACAGACCCCAGCCGUUGCCUCCGACCCACAGCACCAGGUCAGCCCAAGCCCCACCCAACCCAGUGAGAGUGCUAGCGACCAGCCAGACACAGCGCAGAACUUUGUACCCCUGCCUGGGAAUGGUGACGCGAGCCACAAUCCAGACACACCUCAACACACUGGGACUGAUGGAGUGAGUCACAAGGAGUUCUCUUCAGGAUCGUAAAGAUUACAAAGCACUUGCACUGUGGUUUUCCAUGCUGGACUGAAAAUAGGCUGAGCAAAGAUGAAAGGUUUUUGCUUUUGGAAGAAGAUUAUCCAAAGCUUCGGAAAUGCCACAAGUCACCCACCUUAUCAAUUAGACAAUUUAUUAGCUGCUAAUUGUGUAUAUCCUAGAAAAUUACUGCUGCAAUUAUUACAUGUUAAGCAUUAACAGCAGAAUUGAAGUGCCUCUUUAUAUACAAAGGACAUAUCCCAUGAAUAUUUCACAAUCGGAAUUAAUUUGUAUAUUGUUGUAUGGAUUUUGAGACCAAGUCUGAAAGGGUGGGGCUGCCCUCGGGAAUGAAUGAAUCGUGAUGACGUAUUCUGCGACAUCCGAGGGCGUUUGUUG